UCUCAACGUCAACUGCGACUCGACUCAGAAGUUCUGAACCAUGCUUUCCAAGCUGGUCAUGCUUGACUUGAACACAAUCUUGCUGGCUACUACAUUAGCUACCCGGCUGAUCCACCCCACCGACACAUUCCCGAAAAAGCGCCCCCUAUAACCUCACAAACUAACAGAGCACAAACUUGAAAUAAUACAAAACAAAAACACAAACAAACAACUGCAAACCACCACCAACAUGAUUGCAUCCAACAAAGCAGCCAUUUUCAGCCUGUUGGCAUUCCUUCUCGGAGGUGUCACAGCACAGAAUCAUUUCCAGGCUCAGCAACAAGAGCUGAACAGAAACCGGGCCCUAUGGCAGUCCAAGGGAAUCACAAGCUAUCACUAUGACUAUGAGCAGAUGGGGCCUGAUCCUUUGAAUACUGUCUAUCCAUGGACCAUCACAGUGCAGCCACCAAACCCUCCCACAGCCAAAGAUGGCAACCACAACCAAAUUCUAUGGACCACACACUCUCCCAUUGACAAGUUCUUUCAAGUCAUCCAAGGCCACAUCAAUGCCAACACAGCCAAACAGAUUGAUGUCCAAUACAACCCUCAACUUGGGUAUCCACAGACCAUCUAUGUUGUGUUAGCCAAUGGUGUUGUCUAUGAUGUUGAUCUUACCAAUGUUGUUCCGAUCCACCAAGUGAGCCCACUUACAAACCGCAACCCCACGCCCAUUCAACAGGUUGCUCAAGCAGAAGCUCAGUGGAAGUCUAAGCACAUCUACAACUAUGCCUAUGUGUACAACAACCAUGGCUCCAACCCCCACAACAUUGUCUAUCCCUGGGACGUCACCGUCCGAAAUGGUAACCAAGCUUCCGGUAAGGACGGAAACCACAACCAAAUCUUCUAUGAACCCCACCCCCAAACCAUGGAAGAACUUUUUCAGAGAAUCCGAAAUGCCUACAGCCAGCAUGCCAAGUUCAUUGAAGUUCGGUACAACAAGGUCUAUGGGUUUCCAGAAGACAUCUUUAUUGUCUACAAUGACCAAACUCCUGAUGCUACCUAUGAUGCAGAAAUCACUAAUUUUGUGAUCCAAUAAUCAUCUUGUAGCAUACACCUUAGAACUAAUAAUAUCCACAAAUACACACUGCAGCAAUUGUGCUACUAUUGGUAGCUAGGGAGGCAAUUCCAAC